AUGAAACAUAGGAUUCUUUUAUUUUCAGAAUCUCAUGUAGAAAUUUUGGAGUUUUCUCGUUCUAAAGAUGCAUUAUUAAAUCAUUUUUUUAAUCCAGAAAUACGUCUUAAAAUUACAGUUCCUUGUGUUUCAGCAGUAUCACAUUCUUUAGAUGGAAGAUUUAUUGCAAUUGCAGCGGGUUUUAUUUACUUGUAUGAUUUAAAAAAUCCAGGAAAACUGCUACAUAUUCCAGGAACAAAAGAUGUUAAACAUCUUGUUUUUGGAGGCAAUUCAGAUGAAAUCUUUUUUAUCAAGGAAAAACUUUCUGCAAUUAUGAGUUAUCAUAUUAUAAGUGAAAAGAUUAUUACUUUGUCGACUCAGAAAAGACAUCCUUCUCCAAUAACAUAUAUGGCGAUAUCGAAAGAUUCUAGGUUUAUUUUGACUGUCUCUGAAAAUCCGUCUAUUAUUUUUCUUCAGGACUGUAUUACUCAUUUGACGGAUAAAAUAAUUCCUGGAACGUCGUUUGGAAAUGUUAAAAAUGCUGUUUUUCAUCCAAAAAAAUCAAAUUUUUUUCUUCUUUGUUUUACUAAUGGAAUUCUUGGUUUUUAUAAUACGAAAAAACCAAUUCAUCCUAUAUUUAGAAUAAAAGACAUAUCUAUUAUGUGUGCGCUAUUUUUGCCAAAUGAAGAAUCAUCUGCUCUUGCUGUUGAUUUAAAUGGACAAUUUUCUAUCAUUGAUUUUGAAAAAAAAGAAAUUCAAAUCAAAUGGUCUAUAAACACCUCUGUUGAUUCUUUAUCUAUUAAAGAAUUGGGUUGUAAUGAGUGGAAUAUUUUUGUUUUAUCAUCGCAUGAAAAAUGUUUCUAUUUUAACCAAGAAGGUGUAAAACUUUCUGAAUAUUCUAUUAAUUCAGAAAAAGUUUUUCAAAUUUCAACAUUAGUCAGUGAUAUACCCAUUAAUGAAAGCUUUUUGGACAUUGUUAUUGAAAAUUCAAACUCUAAUAUCUCUAAAUUUUUAAUUUCUAAAGAUUUACAUGGUUGUUUUUCUGAUAAAAAAAUACAAUCUUUAACUGAUGAUAAAUUUUCGGGUUUGCUUUUAUCCACAAAUAGCCCUUUGAAGACUAAAAUUGAUAAAAUUCAAUCUGAUUUUGGAAAAAGAUUAUAUGUUGAUAAAAAUAAUUCAUCUGCUGUUUCUAUUGGAAAAGAAAAUAUACCUUUUGAAGAUCCUUCUAGAAAUAAUUUUAUAGCAAAUACACCUACAAAAGAUUUAUCCAUGUCCUCUUAUAUUAAUAAAAAUGAUACAUUCUCACCUAACAAAACGUAUGAAGCUCAAUCAACAUUUAAAUUUGAAACUCCAAAGACGUCAAAAAAAAAGAUUAAUUUUCCUAAACUUCCUAAUAAUACUUGUAGUUUUCAGAAAAAUCAAUUAAUUUCAGAAAAGUCUCCUGAAAAAUAUUUGAUGAAAUUUAAAACAUCUGAUACUCCUGAUAUAUGGUGUGAACUUGGAGUCGAUCAAAUUAUUGAUAUUGAAAGUUCACUUGUAAAUUGUUCUCCAUUAAAAGAAGAUAUUCGAACUCAUGAAACAAAAGAUUCAUCAAAAAAUACUCUUAGUAUAUCUGAAAAUUCUAAAUUUCAGAAUUCUAAUUCAUUUUCAACAAAUAAAGAAUUAUUAGAAUUCGAUUUGAAAAAAGACUUUUCUACUGAUAUGUUAACAUUUAAAGAUAUGCUUUAUGAGGCACAAAAAGGAAUACGGCAAGAUAUUCAAUGUCUGCAUGUUGAAUUAAUAAAGCAGUUUAUGCUGCAAAAACAAGAAUUUAAAAAGAUAUUAAGGUUUAAGAAUAAAGAAAUUGAAAAUUUGAAAAAGGAAAACAAGAAGCUUGUUCAUGAAUUAAGUGUAUAUAGAAAAUAUUAA